AUGAGUAGUCCAACGACGACGGCAACGGGGCUUGACCCCGCUGUCCAGAACGACAACGUCAUCCGUCGGACUCAUGGUCCAGAAAACAGCAAAAUUUCUAAUGGCGAGGCCAAUGGCUCCGUUGACAGCGAUAACGACACCAGAAAACAAAUGAAGAAGGCAAUUCGGAGUAAAUAUCGUCAUGUCGAGGCCGUUCACUCUCAGUCAAGACCAUCCUGCCUGAGCCAUGACACGACCGAGAGCCCCAGCUUCCUCGGGUUCCGCAACCUGAUGUACGGCGUCCUUAUCUGCAUCGGCUGCCAUGACUUCCGCAAAUCCGACAUCAACAUGGGGCUGCUCCUCUACUUCCUGAUCCCCUGCCACCUCUUCAUCGCCUACAUCAUCGAGUACUACGCCGCCGUCCAGGCCCGUGCUGAGCGUAAUGCAGCCAGCGAGGCCAAGAAAGGGGAGGGGAACCACCAAGACGGCACCAGCAGCCCGACUGAAGAACAGCACCGCAAGUUCCAGUCCACCUGGAAACUCGUCCGCCUCCUCCACGCCAUCAACGUGACCACCGCCCUCGCCCUCACCUCGUACGUGGUCUACUACCAUAUCCACCACCCUUUAAUCGGCACCCUGACGGAGGUGCACGCCAUCGUGGUCUGGCUCAAGACGGCCUCGUACGCAUUCACCAACCGCGACCUGCGCCACGCCUACCUGCACCCGGCCCGCGGCGAGCUCGACGCCUUACCAGAACUGUACGCGCAGUGCCCUUACCCGGAAAACAUCACCAUGGGCAACCUCUGUUACUUUUGGUGGGCCCCGACACUGGUCUACCAGCCCGUCUAUCCACGCACCAACAAGAUCCGCUGGAGCUUCGUGGCCAAGCGAUGUGGCGAGGUAGUUUGCCUGAGCGUGUUCAUCUGGUUCACUUCGGCGCAAUACGCUACUCCUGUGCUGCGCAACUCGCUGGAUAAGAUCGCUUCGCUCGAUAUCCCGAGCAUUGUCGAGCGCCUGCUAAAGCUGAGCACCAUUUCCUUGAUCAUCUGGCUGGCGGGCUUCUUUGCGUUAUUCCAGAGCUUCCUGAACGCGCUGGCGGAGGUGAUGAGGUUUGCGGACCGGUCGUUCUACGAUGAGUGGUGGAACAGCGAGAGCUUGGGCGUGUACUGGCGCACGUGGAACAAGCCGGUCUAUCAGUACUUCAAGCGCCAUGUGUACUCACCGAUGCGGUCGAGGGGGUGGAGCAAUGGGACGGCAAGUUUGGCCGUGUUCUUUUUGAGUGCCGUGUUGCAUGAGUUGUUGGUUGGUGUGCCUACUCAUAACAUUAUUGGCGUCGCUUUCCUCGGCAUGUUCCUCCAGUUGCCGCUCAUCCAGCUCACCAAGCCCUUGGAGAAGAAGACGUCUCCAAACGGCAAGCUGCUGGGCAACACCAUCUUCUGGGUCUCCUUUACCAUCUUUGGUCAACCUUUUGCCGCCCUCAUGUACUUUUACGCGUGGCAGGCCAAGUAUGGGAGCGUAAGCAAGAUGGCUACUAUGCAACAGCUUGUCGAACAGGGGCAGGGGACUUGCCCUCCUCUUGGUUAG